AUGGCUUUCAGUUCUCUAUUAACCUCAGUAGGGUACCUUGAAAUCUUUAUAGCAAUCUUUUUCUUUCUUGUAUUCUGGGCUAUAGGAAAUACCAAAAAUGACCUACCAAGAAAUUAUCCAUUUCUCGGAAUGUUUCCAACCCUACUUCUCAAUAUACACAGAAUCCAUGAAAAGAUUACAGAAGUUCUUUCAAAAACUGGAGGUACUUUCUUGUUGAAAGGCCCUUGGUUUACUAAUAUGGACAUGCUUGGCACAGUAGAUCCUGUAAAUGUACAUUAUAUUAUGAGUACAAAUUCUUCAAAUUUUCCAAAAGGACCAGAAUUCAAGAAGAUUUUUGAUGCUUUUGGUGAUGGAAUUUUUAAUUCUGACUUUGAUUUAUGGAAGAAACAAAGCAAAUAUGCCAAAGAACUGGUCAGUAAUCAGAAAUACCACAAAUGUUUGAUAAAAACCAUUAACGACAAGGUCAAAGAUGGCCUGAUACCGAUUCUUGAUUUCAUGGCUAAAGAAGAUAAAAUUUUUGAUUUGCAAGAUAUUUUCAAGAGGUUAACCUUUGAUACAAUAUGUAAAGUAGUCACUGGCUUUGAUCCUGGUUGCCUUUCUCUUGAGUUCCCAUGCGUUCCAUUUGUGAAAGCUAUGGAAGAUAUUGAUUAUGUUAUAGUCAUACGCCAUUUAUUGCCGGAGAGUAUUUGGAAGCUGCAAAAAUGGCUUGGAGUUGGGCCAGAAAAGAAACUAAGCAAAGCUGUGGAAGUUGUUGACCAAAUUAUAGAAAAGUUUAUAUUGAUGAAACGUGAAGAGUUGAGCAAUGGAGCAAAAUCUAAGCAACAAGAAGUUGGUUUUGACUUAUUAACAUUAUGCAUAGUUAAUGAUGGAGAAAGGACAACAGGGUUGAAGUUUGAUAAUAAAUUUUUGAGGGAUACAAUAUUUAGCUUCUUGUUUGCCGGACGUGAUGGAGUUAACUCCUGCCUUACUUGGUUCAUUUGGCUGGUUUUCGCACACCCUGAGGUUGAAAGGAAUAUAAGAGAAGAACUUAAGGCAAUCAUCCCCGUGGAAGAAACUGAAAAAUGGAAGUUUUUUACGGCAGAAGAUUUGAAAAAUGUGAUUUAUUUACAUGCUGCAUUGUGCGAAACAAUGAGGUUGUAUCCCCCUGUUCCAUUCCAGCACAAGAGGCCACAGAAACAUGAUAUUCUCCCAAGUGGUCACCAUGUUCAUCCCAAGAUGAGAGUGAUGUUUAAUUUGUAUGCGAUGGGGAGGAUGGAAUUCAUUUGGGGAAAGGAAGCUUCGGAAUUCAAGCCAGAGAGAUGGAUAUCAGAGUGUGGAACGAUAAAACAUGAGGCAUCUUACAAGUUUUUGACUUUUGGUGCAGGACCAAGAAAAUGCAUAGGGAUAGAAACAUCUUUCACUCAAUUAAAAGUUAUGGCCGCUGCAAUCAUCCAUAAUUACGAGAUUAAAAUGGUAAAAGAUCAUGAUGUUUCCCCUAAUUGUUCCAUUAUCCUCCACAUGAAACAUGGUUUUAAGGUUAGGGUUAAGAAGAGAUGGGCAUAG